AGAAAUUGUGGGGAGUUAAUCGUGUCAUUGACCAUAUGACAGGGAUUGUACAUCAAGUUUAUAGAUGCAAGGAUUUCACAGUGGACUUAGGCAUUGAUUUGAACAAUGUUACUACGAAUCAUUUCAUGCACAAUGCAUAUAAUCCAUUUCAUGAGAUCAUAAGGCACUCCCUCAAUUUCGCUAACGAUCCAAAUAUAAGCAUAAGCCACGAGUAG